AUGGGCUCCAGCCAAAGCGCCGUUGCGAAAGCUAUCAAGACAACAUUGGGGAAUGAUUCGGAUUUAUACGCAUUCCCAGGAGACCCGCUUUAUAAGUUAAGGGAUGCGAAGCCGUAUAAUCUGGAUAUUCAGGUCAAGCCGGCGGCGGUGACGUAUCCGAAAACUAAGGAGCAGGUCUCGGCGGUGGUAAGGGCGGCGGUGCAGAAUGGGUGCAAGGUGCAGGCGAGGUGUGGGGGGCAUAGCUAUGCGAAUUACUGUAUAGGAGGUAUCGAUGGAGCGGUGGUCAUUGAUUUGAAACAUUUCCAACAGUUCUCAAUGGACCGUAAAACAUGGCGUGCGACGAUCGGUGGAGGGACGCUCCUUGGGGAUGUCACCAAACGCCUCCACGAUGCCGGGAAGAGAGCCAUGUCCCACGGUACCUGCCCUCAAGUCGGAAUAGGGGGACAUGCUACGAUUGGAGGCCUUGGACCAACCUCUCGACAAUGGGGAUCGGCUCUCGAUCACGUUGUGGAAGUCGAGAUUGUUCUGGCGGAUUCAAGUAUCAAGCGUUGCUCAGAGACUCAGAAUUCUGAUAUUUUCUGGGCUGUGAAAGGAGCUGUUGCAAGUUUUGGUGUCAUUACCGAGUUCGUGGUUCGGACUGAACCUGAGCCAGGAGAAGCAGUGGAGUUCUCUUUCUCGUUCCAUUUCGGGAAGUAUGCGUCUAUGGCGCCAAUCUUUAAAGCAUGGCAGAAAUUCGUUGCGGAUCCGACUUUGACGAGGAAGUUCACGAGCGGACUUGUCUUCACUGAGAUGGGAAUGGUGAUCUCAGGAACAUUCUUCGGUACAGAGAAAGAGUAUGAUAAGUUGAACAUGGACAGUCGAUUCCCGGGGAAACAGGAUAAAAAGACCAUCGUGUUCAAAGACUGGUUGGGAUUAGUCGGACACUGGGCAGAAGAUUUCGCUCUGCAGAUUGGAGGAGGAUUGCCAGCGCCGCUUUACACAAAGAGUCUCGCUUUCAAUGGCUGCAACCUCAUCCCAGAUGAAGCCAUCGACAAGAUCCUGACAUACAUGGACAAAGCCAAAAAGGGCACGCUCAUCUGGUUCGUGAUCUUCGACCUCGAAGGCGGAGCCAUCAACGACGUUCCACAAGAUGCCACAGCUUACGCACACCGAGACGCACUCUUCUACAUGCAAUCAUACGCAGUCGGUGUUCCAAAGGUAUCGAACACGACGAAGAACUUCUUGAGGGGUUUGAGCAACGUCGUGAAAGAUGGUAUGCCUGGUGGAGGUGAUUUCGGCGCGUAUGCUGGGUAUGUGGAUCCUGAGCUUCCAAAUGGACAGCAGGCGUAUUGGGGGACCAAUUUGCCAAGGCUGGAGGCUAUUAAGGGUGUUGUUGAUCCAGGUGAUGUGUUUUGGAAUCCGCAGAGUGUGAAGCUCGCAGUCGGGAGUUCGAUUACUGAGAGGAGAAGCCAUGCGAAAGCGAAUGGGAAUGGCAGUGUAAAUACGAACGCCGUGGGUGGGGUGGAUGUAGCUGCGAAUGCGAGUCGAAAUCCGGGUGAGCCCUUGGAGAAGGGGAAGGGUGCUGAGAAGCCAAAACAGUCGUUUCUGGAGAAGUUUAGGAGUUGUUUCGCCUAG